AUGGCUGCACCGCGCGUCGCGCCCCCGCGCCGCCCUCCCGCGCCGCGCUGGUCCCGGAUCCUACUGCCGCUGCUGCUGCCACUGCUGCUGCCCGCACCGAGCCUUGGUCUUGGCCACUCUGCUGAACUGGCCUUUGCUGUGGAGCCAAGUGAUGAUGUUGCAGUCCCCGGGCAGCCUGUGGUAUUGGACUGCAGAGUAGAGGGGACUCCUCCAGUGCAAAUCACCUGGAGGAAGAAUGGAGUGGAGCUGUCUGAGAGCACCCACUCCAUGGUGCUGGCCAAUGGGUCCUUGAUGAUCCGCCACUUCCGGCUAGACCGGGGAGGCAGCCCUUCAGAUGAGGGUGACUACGAGUGUGUGGCUCAGAACCGCUUUGGCUUGGUAAUCGGCCGGAAGGCUCGCAUCCAGGCUGCAACCAUGUCAGACUUCCAUGUGCAUCCCCAAGCCACCGUGGGGGAGGAGGGCGGUGUAGCCCGCUUCCAGUGCCAAAUUCAUGGACUUCCCAAACCCCUGAUCACAUGGGAGAAGAACCGAGUCCCCAUUGACACGAACAAUGAGAGGUACACGCUGCUGCCCAAGGGGGUCCUGCAGAUCACAGGGCUUCGGGCUGAGGACAGUGGUGUCUUCCACUGUGUGGCCUCCAACAUCGCCAGUGUCCGGGUCAGUCACGGGGCCAGGCUCACUGUAUCAGGCUCAGGUUCCGGGGCCUACAAGGAGCCAGCCAUCCUCGUGGGGCCUGAGAACCUCACCCUAACAGUGCACCAGACUGCUGUGCUUGAAUGUGUCGCCACGGGCAACCCUCGUCCCAUUGUAUCCUGGAGCCGCCUGGAUGGCCGCCCCAUCGGGGUGGAGGGCAUCCAGGUUCUGGGCACUGGGAACCUCAUCAUUUCAGAUGUGACUGUCCAGCACUCAGGUGUUUACGUCUGUGCGGCUAAUAGGCCCGGAACUCGGGUGAGGAGGACUGCGCAGGGCCGGCUGGUGGUACAAGCCCCUGCAGAAUUUGUCCAGCACCCCCAAUCCAUCUCGAGACCAGCUGGGACCACGGCUAUGUUCACCUGCCAAGCUCAGGGUGAGCCACCCCCUCACGUGACAUGGCUGAAGAAUGGGCAGGUGCUGGGCCCAGGAGGGCACGUCAGGCUCAAGAAUAAUAACAGCACCCUGACCAUCUCUGGAAUCGGCCCUGAAGAUGAGGCCAUCUACCAAUGCAUAGCUGAGAACAGUGCCGGCUCCUCCCAGGCCAGUGCCCGGCUGACCGUGCUGUGGGCCGAGGGGCUGCCCGGGCCUCCCCGCAACGUUCAGGCAGCCUCCGUGUCAUCCACAGAGGUCCGCGUGUCCUGGAGUGAGCCCCUGGUCAACACCAAGGAGAUAAUUGGCUAUGUCCUGCACAUCAGGAAGGCUGCCGACCCCCUGGAACUGGAGUAUCAGGAAGCUGUCAGCAAGAGCACGUUACAGCACCUGGUGAGCGACUUGGAGCCCUCCACGGCCUACAGCUUCUACAUCAAGGCCUACACGCCAAGGGGGGCCAGCUCAGCCUCUGCUCCUACCCUGGCCAGUACCCUGGGCGAAGCUCCUGCCCCACCCCCAUUGUCGGUGAGGGUCCUUGGCAGCUCCUCCCUGCAGCUGCUCUGGGAGCCCUGGCCCCGCCUGGCCCAGUACGACGGUGGCUUCAAGCUGUUUUACCGCCCAGUGAGCAAGGCGUCUUUCACCGGCCCCAUCUUGCUGCCGGGAACUGCCUCCUCCUACAACCUCAGCCAGCUCGACCCCACUGUGGUGUAUGAGGUCAAACUGCUCGCCUACAACCAGCAUGGGGACGGCAAUGCCACAAUUCGCUUCGUAUCCUUGAGGGGAGCAUCUGAGAGGACAGCCCUUAGCCCACCGUGUGACUGCCGGAAGGAGGAGGCCAUCAACCAGACAUCCACCACAGGCAUCAUCAUCGGCAUCCACAUUGGGGUCACCUGCAUCAUCUUCUGUGUCCUCUUCCUCCUAUUCGGCCAGAGGGGCAGGGUUCUCUUGUGUAAGGAUGUAGAAAACCAGCUCUCCCCUCCUCAGGGCCCCCGAAGCCAGAGGGACCCUGGCAUCCUGGCUCUGAAUGGGGUGGGACAGAGAGAGCGGGGCCAGCUGGGCCGAGAUGAGAAACGUGUGGACAUGAAGGAGCUGGAACAACUGUUCCCUGCAGCUGGGGCGACUGGACAACCAGACCCCAGGUCUACGCAGGAGGCCAUGGGCCCCGCCCCAUGUGAGGAGACCCAGCUCUGUAAGCUGCCACUGCAGGAGUUUAGCCUUCUGGAGGAGACUACACUGGAGGCCGAGGCCCCCUGCGCAGGCCCAGUGGCUGCCCUGCCCCCCCAGGAUGCAGGCCCCGGCCUCCUCAGUGAAGGAUAGGCUGCCAGGCUUUCUGUGGCACCAGCUGCCCAGUCAACUCGCUCUGGACACUAG